CCAUUCACAGACAACCACCUGUCCCAAUCACGUUUCCGUCUGUAGUCUCUCUCAUCCGUCUUCAAGUCAACUCACAUUGCUCGAGCUAAACACUUAAAGCAGCAGCCGAAGCGCUGGGUUGAGAGAGAGACAAAAGUAAGCUAUGUCUGUGAAAGCAAUCGUAUCAUCGGUGGUUCUGCUGAUCCUCAUCGCCGCAUCGGCGGAGGCUUAUACAGGAUUUGACGAGUCAAACCCGAUCCGUAUGGUCUCCGACGGUCUCCGAGAGGUAGAGGAAUCCAUUGUCCAGAUCUUAGGACAAUCUCGUCACGUUCUCUCCUUCGCUCGCUUCACUCACCGGUAUGGGAAAAGGUAUGAGAACGCGGAGGAGAUAAAUCUCAGAUUUUCGAUUUUCAAGGAGAGUCUUGACUUGAUCAGAUCCACCAACAAGAAAGGCUUGUCUUACAAACUCGGUCUCAAUCAGUUUGCUGAUAUGACCUGGGAAGAGUUUCAAAAGAGCAAGCUUGGUGCUGCUCAAAACUGCUCCGCCACUUUAAAAGGUAGCCACAAACUCACUGAAGAAGCUAUUCCCGAAACCAAAGAUUGGAGAGAAGAUGGUAUUGUUAGUCCAGUCAAAGAACAGGGGAAAUGUGGAUCUUGCUGGACUUUCAGCACGACCGGAGCUCUUGAGGCGGCUUAUCAUCAAGCAUUUGGGAAAGCAAUAUCUCUCUCUGAGCAACAGCUUGUGGACUGUGCUGGAGCUUUCAACAACUUUGGCUGCAAUGGUGGCCUUCCUUCCCAAGCCUUUGAAUACAUCAAAUCCAACGGUGGCCUUGACACAGAGGAAGCUUAUCCUUACACCGCUAAAAACGGAACUUGCAAAUAUUCAGCUGAAAACGUCGGUGUACAAGUCCUUGAUUCUGUCAACAUUACUAUGGGUGCUGAAGAUGAACUGAAGCAUGCGGUUGGAUUGGUGCGACCAGUAAGCAUAGCAUUCCAGGUUAUACACUCGUUCCGGCUUUACGAGGGGGGAGUUUAUUCUGAUAGUAACUGUAAAAACACACCAACGGAUGUGAACCACGCGGUUUUGGCGGUUGGUUAUGGAAUUGAAAAAGGUGUUCCAUAUUGGCUUAUAAAGAACUCAUGGGGAGCGAGUUGGGGUAACAAAGGUUACUUCAAGAUGGAGAUGGGGAAGAACAUGUGUGGUAUUGCGACAUGUGCAUCUUACCCGAUUGUGGCCUAAAGAUGAUUAGCAAUUGUGGUCGCUCAAUGAGUAGACUACAAUAAUGUUGGCAGAUUUAUUGGAUUGAGACAUUACUUGAAAGUUGGGACCUGAGUGUGUUUAUCAUGCUUGUUGUAUGUAACAUAAAGUUUGUUCAUAUGUACAAUAUAUAAUGGAACAAACUACAGACGACAAAUCAGUAAUAUAUCCAUGUUAAACUUACGGACAUAAACGGAUAUGUACCUUUUAAUA